AUGACUGAGACUGACGCCAGGACGAUGCAGAAUCCCACUUCGGCGGGACAGACAUUCCUGCAAGCGAUGCAAGAUAAGCUUCAGACCACGUCUGACCAGAUCACAGGAAGAACUGGUGACAAAAGCAGUCACAUCGAUGACCUGGAGAAAAACAUUGCAGACCUCGCGACACAGGCAGGGGUGGGAGAACAGGAAGGUGAAAACAAGACACCUGCCACACAGAAGAGGUGA